GGGUUGUGCAGCCACGCCCAGGGAAAGGCGCUGCAGUGAACCUCCCAGGGCGUUGGUUGGAGAACUAAAAAUCUCACAUCACAGGCUGGUGUUAAACCGGGAAAUCAGAAACGUUUCUCCUUCAGCAGAAUCAUGGAUGAAUUAUCUGUAAGUAUAUACGUUUAGAUUUCUGCCAAGUCAAAGACCAGGUACAACUUCAAAAGACAGAGCCUUAACAAUUGAUAUUCAUGCAGACUUUGUGGAAGUAAUACUUUACAAGUACUUUCAAAAAGUUUUCUAUUUUAAUGAUUUAAUCUGUCAUGCCCUUUCUCUUUUUUCCUCCAAUUUUGUGCUGAUUUUCUGUGCCUCCCACGUGUGCUCCAUCAUGGUGAUUACAGCUGUGAGUAUUGGCAGGCUACACCUUGCAUGAUUCUUUCUUCACCCAUCCACACUCUCCAUCCACCACCUCCACCCCCCUCCCCAACCACUACCUGGCAUAAAAUUAGAGAAAACUGGGAUCUGCUGACGAGAUGACCUACUGCUCAUCAAAUGUUGGAAGAUGCUUUGGGUCCUGAUUUUUCAAAUGCUAACAAACUCCAUUCUGGUGGUGUAAGUCCACAAGCUGGAAGGCCAGCCCCACAGCCUGGAUGGCCAGCCCCACAGCCUGGAUGGCCAGCCCCACAGCCUGGAACCUGGCCUGGACAGGAAGGCCCAUAUGCUCCCGCUAUGCCUGCUCCUUUUGGUUCACCUGGAGCCCCUAAUCAGCCUGGUCAAGGAGGCACUGCAUUGCCAGUGCCUUAUGAUCUUCCUAUACCAGGAGGUUGGCAGCCACAGAGAAUGGUCAAGAUAGUUGGAACUGUCAAAAUGAAUGCUGAAAAAUUUGUUUUCGAUGUAUACUCUGGCCAGGAUAUUGUGUUUCAUUUCAGCGCUCGCUUUAGGGAGGGUGGCUCUCACCAAGUAUUGGUUCGCAAUAGCAGGAUCGGUAAUGCUUGGGGUGGAGAAGAAAGGGAUGCACCCAGGUUUCCAUUCAAAUAUGGUGAACGAUUUGAAGUUCUGAUUCUUGGUGAACCAAACCAAUAUAAGGUGGCUGUGAACAAUCAACAUUUGUUGGAGUUCCAGCGUCGUUAUAAAACUUUGCAAGAUGUUACCAAGGUUUCCAUCUAUGGUGAAAUUGAUCUGCAUGCAAUGUACGUGAUGUAAAUGCCAAAAAGUUAUUUGAAUAUUAUUACCAGCACUUCCUGAAUAUAUAUAUAUUUUUUUCUGUUCAUUAUUUACUAUUGAAACUAUUGGUUUGGAUUGAUUAGAAAGCUGUAACGUAAUUGUGUAUUCUGACGGAUUCCAAAAUUUAGAAUGAAUGCAAUUCUGAGUGCAGUUUAUUAUUUGCAAUUCUGCUGUCACUAAAUUUGUCCGAGAAUCCAGGAAGUUGUAAAAACAGGCCAUCCAGACCGUUGAGUCAAUGGCAGUAAUUUCCCCAAAUGAAAUGCCUUACCUUUCCCACUUUGUACUUGUUUCAUUACACUUUAAUGCUCCCUUUUUUCAAACAAUGUCUAAUUGCUCUCACAAUAACUCAUAGACUUUUCUUCAUGAUUAUGAAGGUCACAUUUCACACAAUACUUUUUUCCAACCCCUAUUUUUCUUGUGUUUGCAUUUAAACUUGUCUGCUCUAGUAAUUCAUCAACCAGUACCAUCUAUUUGUUAUUACUUAUCUUUAUUGUUAACCCUAUAAGACCUUGAACAUCAUAUCUUAAUAAUUGGAAAUGAAACCUGGCAUCGUUUCAGUGAAAUUAUGCUGCAUAUGUUACCAUACUUUCAUAUCUUUGCAACUACACACAGUACUCCACCUACAGCUUAAAUAGCAAUGCAUUUAUUCAUCCAAAGUCCUCAGAUUAUUGCAGCUAGAGCUGACUCACCCAGAGAGUGGUGGAUAUAUGGAAUGCUCUGCACCAGAAGGCAGUGGAGGCCAAAUCUCUGGAUACCUUCGAGAAAGAGAUGAUGGAGCUCUUAAAGAUAGUGGAAUCAAGGGUUAGAGGGAUAAGGCAGGAACAGGAUACUGAUUGUGGAUGAUCAGCCAUGAUCAUAAUGAAUGGUGGUGCUGGCUCAAAGGGCUGAAUGGCCUACUCCUGCACCUAUUGUCUACUGACUCCACCACAGCUAUUCUUUCCUGUAAUGUGUGGAGCUUUGUAACUUUGUGUAGCCCAUCAUGGUACCAUGACCGUAGUGUUUUCCAAAUGUAGCAUCAUCCAAGUAUGCCGUGUGUGAUGGAAUAUCUGAGUGCAAUAAUGGCCCAGAAUUUCCAAUGGCCAGGGAGCUCCUUUGACAGCAAUAUGUUAGUUGUACCAGGACCAUGCAGAAAUUCUGAUGCAGGUAAUUCUAAAGGGAGUGCCCUGGAAAUUGAAAACUCUGAUCAGUAAAUCCUCUGUAUCUGAAACGCUCCAAAAGGAUGCUCAUUGAAUUCAGAAUUCAGAGGGCUCCAACUCACGUAAGCUUAAUAGCUCCCCAGGAAAGUUUGGAGGAUUAAAAAGUGAUUCUAACUAAUGGGUAACUAUUAAACUGAAUCCCUGACUAACCACUGCCACCCCCAUCUACCCUGUCCAAUCCUUAUGGCCCCCUUCAAUCUGACUUUCCACACAAUCCCAGGCUGAUCCUGCUGGACUGAUAACCAUCCUCUGUCGUUACGCAAACAACUUGAAGCAUUCAUCGAGUUAUCUGGCAUCCAGCUGUGCCUCAGCCAACUGGCACCUUGCCCCUAAACCUACCUUCAACUCAAAUGCCUCUCAACGUCUCACCUACCUGCCACUGUACCCCCUGAACCACCUGGCGGAUGACCAAACCCCCACCCCCCACCCACCUAUCACCUUCAUAUGUUAGCUACCCACUCUCUUACCCAUCUCCCUCCCAUCCCAAACAUUUACCUUUCCUCUUUCACUGUCACAGGGACCUUGGGGCCUUGAAUAACUUCAUCUUGACACACAGCCAUAAGCACAAUAAGAAAGGAGUGAGUUUUGACUUGCCAGGCUGCUCCUAUGCCAAGUGGAUCUCUCUCUGGUUUCCACUGAUGCAUACAUUUGGGAGUUGCCAGACUCUGAAAUCUAGCCAGAUAAUCCGUCAACAGAUAAAUAGGUGACAAAUGGAGAAAAAUGGUCAAUCAAACCCAGGCCGACUCAAUAAUCUGAAAUUCUGGGCCAGCUGUGUGACUUAAAAUUGAGGACUUGAUCAUGUGUAUAGAUUGAUCAAACUUUAUGUUUGCUGAUCUAAUAAAUAAAAUUGAACAAAGUA